ACCUGGACGUGGCCGACAGCCCUGACUUCAAACACAACCACCCACCAUUCUGAUUGAUUGGGAGAUGUUUCCCUUCAAGGUGAGCAAAUGGAUGGGGCUGGCUUGCCUCCGGUCACUGGUGCUGUCCUCAGCCAGUAUUCGUCAGAAGAAAUUAAUACAUAAGCUGCAAGAGGAGAAGGCUUUUCGAGAAGAGAUGAGAAAUUUCCAUGAGAAAAUAGAAGACUUCAGGGAAGAGAUAUGGGAUUUCCGAGGCAAGAUCCGGGCUUUCCGGGGCCAGAUCCUGGGCUUUUGGGAAGAAGAGAGACCUUUCUGGGAAGAAGAGACGAUCUUCUGGAAGGAAGAAAAAACCUUCUGGGAAAUGGAAAAAUCUUUCCGGGAAGAAGAGAAGACUUUCUGGAAAAAAUACAGAACCUUCUGGAAAGAGGACAAGGCCUUCUGGAGAGAGGACAAUGCUUUAUGGGAAAAAGACCGGAGUCUUCUUCAGGAGGACAAGGCCCUGUGGGAGGAGGAGAAGGCCUUAUGGGUAGAGGAGAGAGCCCUGCUCGCAGAAGAGAAGGCUCUUUGGGAGGACAAAAAGUCCCUCUGGGAGGAAGAGAAUGCACUCUGGGAGGAAGAGAAAGCCCUCUGGGUGGGAGGCGCAGGCUUCCAACUCCUUGGGGACCAGAGGCCCCAAAAUGGUCCCUACAAUGCCAACGAAGAGCCACAAUCAACAGCCUUCCCCCGAGGCCGUGCUUAG